AGCCCGGGCAAGUUUUGUUGUUCGGAGAGCAGCAGCAGCAGCGGCGGCAGCAGGAGCAGCAGCGGCGGCGGCGGCUGGAGGGGUGUGAAGCGGAGACGGAGCGGAACGCAGGGAUUAUUACUCCGACCGGACCGUUGGUGCCCCGAGUUUAAAGAAGUUCGGUUAAAAGGAGCCAAGAAGUUGCGUGAUGCCGUCAGUGAUGGAGCGCUCGGGGGCCGGCGUCCUGUCCAGGAGCAGAGCCAAAACCGUCAGCAACGGCAGCAGCCAGCCGCACUCCGAGGAGGAGAGCAGCGACGAAGAGCACGCUCACGACAGCAUGAUCCGAGUCGGAGGAGACUACCAGGCCCAGAUCCCCGAGUUCAAACCAGACAGUCCGGCGCGCUUCAGCGAGGACCAGAGGAGCAUGCUGGUCUGGUGUCCCAACACGCAGCUCUCAGACACCAUGUUGGAUGAGUACAUCCUGAUGGCUAAAGAGAAACACGGCUACAACAUGGAGCAGGCUUUGGGGAUGCUGCUGUGGCACAAACACGACGUGGAGCGCUCUCUGGCCGACCUCGCCAACUUCACGCCUUUCCCAGACGAGUGGACCAUCGAGGACAAGGUGCUGUUCGAGCAGGCCUUCAGCUUCCACGGCAAGAGCUUCCACCGCAUCCAGCAGAUGCUUCCAGACAAGCUGAUCUCCAGCUUAGUGAAGUACUACUACAGCUGGAAGAAGACCCGGACCAGAACCUCCGUCAUGGACCGACAGGCCAGGAGGCUCAUCAGCAAGAGGGAGAAGGACGACAGUAACGAUGAGGUAGAGGAGGGAGAGCCGGGCGACGACAGCGACUUUGAGGUCGACGCCAAGAAAGAGGCAAGCGCCGCACAUCUGAGCUUUCCGCCCGACGCGGUUAAAACCCGUAACGCGAGGGCCCCGUUCCGUCCUCAGGCGGCGAAGCAGAACGCCAGCAGCGCCGGCUCGGACAAAGCCGCCCCCAGCCGGUCGGGCCCGGUGAAGAAGGAGAGCAUCGGGGCUCAGUACAGACACCACCCGCUCAGAGCCCGCCGCAGGCCGCCCAAAGGCAUGCACCUGGACCAGACCGACAUCACGGCUCUGUCCACCUCCCAGGACGCGGGGGUCCUGUCCAUACGGCAGCUGGACACACACCUGGUGUCGCUGAAGAGACAGGUUCAGUCGAUCAAACAGACCAACAGCAGCAUGAAGCAGAGCCUGACUGAAGGCGUGGACGCAUUCAGAGCCGCGGAGCCCGCCGCCAAGAUGAACUCCCGCUGGACCACAGAGGAGCAGCUGCUGGCCGUGCAGGCCAUCCGCCGCUACGGCAAAGACUUCACAGCCAUCGCUGAGGUCAUCGGCACCAAGACGGCCCCUCAGGUCAGCUCCUUCUUCGUCAGCUACAGGAGGCGCUUCAACCUCGACGAGGUGCUGCGGGAGUGGGCCGCCGAGCAGGUGGCCACCAGCCGGGACCAGAGAGACCCCCGCAGGAGCAGCGAGGAGCCGGCGACAGCGGCAAGCGACGGAGGAGGAGGCGAGGAGGAGGAGGUCAAGAUGGAAGACUCUCCUCCAGACCCGGCCAGCAGCUCCUCUCCUCCCUCCGCCUCCGUCACCCCUUCCUCUCUCUCCCAGCCUCCCCCUCUGCUGCGGCCGGCUCCGCCCUCCGCGCCCCCCAGCCUCCUCCGGCAGCCGCCUCCUCUGCAGACGCGGCCGCUCCAGAACAGAGCGCCGCACAACCACCCUCCCCCUCCGCUCAUCCGGCCCGCCGUGACGACCUCCUCCUCCUCCUCCUCCAGUCUCAGGGGUUCUCCUCCCACCUCCUCCGCCGGAGGCCAGAUGCCUCCAUCACUGGUGGGCCUCAAAGCAGAGCCGCCCAACUCGCACUGAGACACCAGGCAGGAGCAUCUCAGGUCCUCACAUGACCUCCUUCUACUGUAAACGCCUACCUCCUAACCACACCUCCACACUAAACACACCGCUUACUCCCCCCCCCCCCCCCCCCCCCCCCCCCACCGGUUUGUAAAUAGACCCCAGAGGUCGACCUCUGUGUGUCUGUAGUUGUAUAAAAUCCUACAAGCGCCUCUCAGGACGACAGGAGGAGCCCCCCCCCCCCACAUCUGAGCCAAAUUUGUGUUUUUGAGACGGGUCGUGAAGAAAUCACUCAUUUCUGAGCUUUCGCUUAGAAUCUCAGCUCCUCGCAGCGACGAGGAGGAAGGUACAAAGGUUUGUUGUUGUUGAGGCGUCUGACCGCCGGCUCUGCUGCCUCCAGAUUAGAGCGGCAGACCAAACGUCCAGCUCCGCAGGCGCGACCCGUGAACUAGUUUAAGGUUGUGACGAGUCCUAGAUGAACUGUUAGACUGUAGGUAGUUUAGAUCGUGCGUUCUUAAUUAUUACUGAGCACAAAUGAGAAGUUAUUUUCAGAGGGAGACGCCAGGGGGAGAACCUGCUGCAGCAGCCGUCAGGCUUCCCAUCAUCACUCAUGAGGCCACAGAAAACUGGCCAGGCUAGUUUUUGAUGGUUAUAAACCCAAAAAGAUGAGAUGUUUUUCACUGACUGGUGUUUCCAGAUCAUAACACUCUUCAGUGUGGAAGCGUUGCUGAAGGACGUCCUUAUAGGGACGUUUGGUGCAUCAGAACGAGUCCUGCUGAGGUUUUAGAUCAGGGGUUUGUUACGCUUGACGACUUGAGCCAGUCCAACCACGCCCUUUUUUUUUUUAGCGCUGCCUGAUGUGACGAGGCGCGUUCACAAACAGAUUCAGACACUUCAGAGUCCUCGUCUCGUUCGCCUGGGACCCGAUUCAGAACCGGAGACGGAACCAGUCCAAUCGGUUUAGUUUUAAAGGGGACUGCCUGUUCAGUUUUCUUGCUUUCCUUCCUCCUAAAAAAAAAAAAAAGACCUUGUUUGUUCCAGAAGUUGUUUACACUGUGGAGAGGAAAUUGAUUCUGUUUAACAUUUUUGAAUAAAAAAAACAAAAUGAUCA